AUGCGAACACUUGCGCUGUUCGCCCGUUGGGAAAGAAGGAAAGGCCGCCUGCGGGGCGACAAAACCGCAUCCCGGAUAAACGCCGGCCAGGAGCCCCCCGCGCGGUCGGCGCCGGGCAGUCCGCCCCACUCGUGCGAAGCUGGCUCGCCGCACUGCACUCGCCCGUCGAAUGCAGUGGUCAUUCGAGCGUAUCCAUUCGGAAGCAAGCUGUUGGUUGUCUACUCAGUGACAGGUCAGUUGCAAAUGGACUACGACAGGUCACAGAGAAUGACACCGUCAUAUUCUGUGAAGGAGGACAAUGUGACACUUUCAUCAGAGAACAGUACCUCAAGAAGCCGCAGAGUUCGCAGACAAUGGCCUGAUCCGUCCUACUUGGACAAUGAGGAAUUAUCAUAUUAUUAUCGCUUUCACUCCAGGGAACCUAUAACAGAAGCGCCUCCGAAGCAGGACCCGUGGCCCAAGAGGCCGCACACGCUGAACGGGUCGCUGGCGCAGUUCCCGCUGUCCAAGUGCUGCCAGAAGCACUGGCACCUGCACGAGGCGCUGCGCAAGUGCGACUACGAGCGCGUGCGGACGAGCCCGCGGCCGUGGCUGCAGCUGCCACUGGACGCGGCGCGCGCGCGCUUCCCGGACUGCGCGCCCGAGGACAUGCUGCGCCUGGGCGCCGUCGAGGCACACGGCGUGCUGCGCUUCUCGGCGCGCGGCGCGCUGGUGCUGCGCGUGCGCGACGUGGCCGGCGGCCAGCGCCAGUGCUGCGGGAAGACGCAGGCGCUCGUGGUGCGGGAGGCGUCGGUGGCCACCGUCGAGCCCAGCUGCAAGGAGAUGACUCUCCAGGAGAUAGGCUCGUGGAAACUCAAAGUGGAGCCCUGGCCGACGCCGCUGGCCGACGGGGCCAAGGAGGGCUUCCUUACGCUGCCGGGCUCGUUGCCCACGGGCUGCAGGUGGGGCCUCACGCGCGCGCCGCCCAGCUGGGCCACGCCCCACCCGGGCAAAGACUUCCGCGUGUUCAGCGUGGGCACCGCCUCGCCGAGCGUCGUGUUCUGCGCCGACCCCAUCCCGGUGCCGGUGGUGGACCGGUGGAUGGCGGCGCUGGGCGCGGUGGGCUCGCUGGCGCUUGCCGCCGCCGUCGUGGUGCACGCGCUGUUGCCGGAGCUGCGCGCCACGCCCUUCGGCCGCGCGCUCAUGACCUACUCUGUCGCGCUGCUCGCCCUCGCCGUUGUCGGCCUCGGCUGGACGCUCAACCCCGACGUCAGCAGCUUCACCUGCCUCUUCAACAGCGCUCUGGACAAGACCGGCAAAGCGGCGCGGCGCCGCUACCUGCGCUACGCGCAGUACGCGUGGGGCUGCCCCUUCCUCACGGUCACCCCCGUCGUGGCCUUGCAGUUCACGCACGCGCCAGGCAGCCCCUGGCGCCCCAUCGAGUGGUUCAUGAAGUGCCACUACUCCAGUUCUCUCGUGCAAUUGCUGUUUCUCUACGCGCCUCUUCUUCUAUUGUUCCUUUUGAACUGUGGCAUCUUCGUGUGGACGGCUUAUCGAAUCCGAGUGUUGCAGAAGGGGGCCGAUAUUUUGACCGACAGUGACUCCAAUGACGAAUCGCCAUAUCCUCCAAGGAAAAGGCUGCUGCUGUUCCUGAAGCUGCUGUGGCUGAUGGGCGUGGGCGAGGCCGUGCUGGAGCUGGUCGCGUGGUCGGUGUCCGCCACCGCCCUGUGGUACACCGCCAACGUGGUGGACCUGUCGCGCGCGCUCUGCGUCUUCUGGCUGUCGUGCUGCAAGGGCACCGUGGGGCGCCGCCUGCGCGCGCGCUUCCGCGACGGCCUGUGCUGCGAGGCGCUGCGCAGGGGCAGCCGCGUGGGGCCCGACCCCGACCCCGACCCCGCCGUCGCCGCCACCGACUCCACCGCCGUCUUCGGCACACCCAACUCGGACACAGCCGCUUCGUCUUGGAGCGCCAAAUCGCCGCAGGGCGCGCGAGUGGGCGCCUCCGCCCCCCCGGAGGCCAGCGGCGCAUCUCCUCCCAACGGCUUCUUCAAGGGCGCUUCCUCGCGAGGCGUCGCCGCCAAGGAAGCGGAAGCAGACGGCGAACCUCCGCCGGGCGGCAUCGAGAUGAAGAAAACAGGAAUCAAUUUUGGUUUCUAUGAAAAUCGACUAAUUUUAACUUGCGUAAUCAAAAUUAUAAGUGUACUUAAAAACAUUGAUUUAUUCCUGAAUUUCAGUAAUUCUUAUCUGCUUAAAUAUAUCAAUCUAUUUUAUGUUAUACGCUGUUUGAUUUUUGUGAGAAUUUCUAAUUUAUUCACUAUUAUAAUUCAUUGUUGGAAUAAACAUUUUGUGUUUGUUUCAUCCAAAGUUUUUUUCCAUCCUGAACACACGCAACGUACCACAGAAACAAAUAUUGAGUGUUUAAAUAUGGAUAUUUGGAAGAAAGUGGAAGAACUAUAUAUUAAAUACUUUUACACUAUAUUCUUAAAAAUGAAGAAAAUGACUUUAAAACAUUAA